UCUAUCCGCGCAUGUGUAUGGCUAUCGCGGGGAUGUUCGAUAAGAGACGGACUUCUUUCUAAGUGAAACAGAGCAGGAAAAAUAAUAAAUAAAAUUUAAAUAGUGGCCUUUUUAUCAAAGGACAGAAACAAACUCACUUAGUUGUACACGGCGUAGUUGCAAGCCAUGUUCGCCAGGAUCUCGCGUAGCGUUGCCCGUGUCCAACGGCAGGUUCGCUUGAAAAGUUCCGGUCCUAUUGAACCGUACUUCAAGAAGUUUGUCCCCCGACGUGCUUGCCUUUAUGUGCCUGGCAGUGACAUAUCGAAAAUAGAAAAAGUUCAAAGCCUUGAUGUCGACGCGCUGAUUCUUGAUUGUGAAGAUGGUGUAGCUGCCACUGCCAAGGAGACAGCACGCGACACUAUAUUGAAAGCACUGGAUUCGUUCAAGUUCGGCCGGGCGGACGUUGGUGUGCGAAUUAACUCGGUGGAUUCAGGAUUAGCAGAAAAAGAUUUCGAUCAUAUAUUUCAAGCCAAACAACUUCCUCAUUCAGUUUAUCUACCAAAAGUUGAAAGCGUGGAACAUGUCACAUGGGUGGUGGACCAUGUUAACAAGCGACUUCUAAAAACAAAAGAGGACUCUUGUAAAAUGCUCAAUAUUGUCCUAUACAUCGAAUCAGCUAUUGGACUUAUUUAUCUUAAAGACAUCCUUCAACAUGCAUCCGAACUCUCGGAGAUAAGCCGUGGCGUUAUUGAUGCAGUUGUGUUUGGCUCGGAUGACUUUACCGCAAACAUCGGCGCGCAGCGCACCAAGGACGCUCAGGAAGUGCUGAUGGCUCGUCAGCAGAUCGUUCUAUUGUGCAGGGCGUUUAAGGUCCAACCCAUCGAUAUGGUCUACAUUGAUUACAAGGAUUCAGAAGGACUACGUAAGCAGGCCCUAGAAGGCGUAAAGUUAGGCUUCACGGGAAAACAAGUGAUCCAUCCAUCGCAAGUGCCUAUUGUUCAGGAGGCAUUUUCUCCAUCCAAGGAAAAAAUUGAGUGGGCCAAAGACCUUAUUAAGGAGUUCAAGCAGCACACUGAGACAGGAAAGGGAGUGUUCAAUUUCAGAGGGUCUAUGAUUGAUAUGCCAACAAUACUUCAGGCGAAAAACAUUCUUGAAUUCGACUACGUAAUCCGCGGCGAGGAGUUGCCUAAAAAAUACAGAGUUGACCCGAACAACGAUGACGUUGUAAAGGAAUAGCGAUAAUAGAGAUGAACAUGUUUUACUGCUUGAGUAGUUAUCACCCAUUGUACAAACGGGUAGCUGCAGAUGAAACAAAACACCAAUCUAUGUUCUAGUGUGCGCUGUAGAUAUUACUAAUUCUCAACGAAGUGACUGAGGCAGACAACUUGCUGUACAAUAGCACCAGCGACGGCAACCAUUGCGUCAACAACAAUAGUUCGUGUGGCAAUUUAUAUAUUAUUAGAGGGGAGGUAAAUGUGAAUGAUUUGAAAAAAGG